AUGGUGCCGUUCAACAAGCUUAUGCUUACGCUGCUGGGCAAGGCGAUCACGAAGCCGAAUGAUGCUGCCCAAGCGGCAGGAAUGCUGGAGACGAUGCAAGCGACUGUACGGCUUUGGCUUACGACUGAGGACUCCGGCGUUGCGGCGCAAGCGGGGGAAUUGUUGUAUCAGCUUCUUAGGAUCGAUUUACCGCCGGAAGCUGCGCCGACGGUAGAACGAAUGGAGGAGUUGGCUACGGCCGGUGGGCAGGGAUUAGUGGCGAAGCGGUUGUUUGGGGAUAGGGAUGUGUAUGUUGUGUUUUUUGAGUCGUGCUCGUUGGAGCAUGGGGCGGCGGGGUUGAGUAAGGGUCAGAAGACGAUUGCGCAGGCGAGGUUGAUGGAGUGGUUGCCGAGGGUUGGGGCGUUGCAUUGGAGUGUGCUUGUUAGGAGUCACCAUCGGGGUAUCGAGGAGAAGUAUGGGGUUAACGCUGGUGCGGGUUUGCUUGAUUUUGCUGCGCUGAGAAUGGUGGACUAUAAGGAUGAUGUGCUUAUGCACCGCUGCCUCAUCGAUUUCUAUACCGAGUUGCUGGUUAAGACUAAGGAACUCGACACUUUCGCGCGGAGAGAGCAGGUGAGCCCUGGCCUGCGCUUCCUGAUCGACAACAAACUGCACGACAGGACGACGAAGAUCUACCUCGACCCCUAUGCGGUCGAUGCCGUCGACAGAGCCUUCCUCUACGGCCCAGCAGCCAACUACCUUGCCGCCUACGCCUCCCUAUUCUCGCACCAUUACACGAGCAGCUCCACCCAUCUCGACGUGAACAGCAGAUUGCGCAACGUGCUAACGGAGAUGACGCCGCUCCGCUGGGCGCACACGGAGUCGCCAAGCCACGAUCUCCGUCUCCUCGCCCGCCUCCCGCGCACAACCCUGCUACCAUACACUAGCAGUCCCGUUGCCCUGCUCCCGUCCGGUCGGAUAACCAACGCCGACGUUCUCAACACGCUAGCGGCAAUCUUCCACGGACCUGAUGCCGCCACAGCCAGCUCGGAGCAGAGCACCGUAGAGGGAACCGCGGCACGGGCCAUGUAUUACAACUACCUCUCCGAACACCGCCGCUUCUGGGAGGACCUGACUCUCCACGCGGGUACUCCCGCCCUGCUCGACCAAGCCCUGGCAGCGGUAAACUGCCUGACAGCGGUCAUAACCGCGCGCUGGUCCACCACCGCCACAGAGUCCGAGCCCACCCUCCCCACCAACCUGGCCACCCCCGCCAGCGGCCCCUUGGCCAUCCUCUCCCCGCCUUCACUGGAGUAUACGCUGCCGUUCCUGCUAUCGCCCGCUCAACGGGUGGGAGGGGUCGGGGAUGCUGAGAGCGCCGCUUAUAAGGUAGCAGUGGCGAAGUUCGAGGCUUUGGCCGCGUUGCGGUCUCGGUUGGCGGCGGAAGCGGAGAAGACGCCGGGGGAGGGCUUUGAGGAGAUGGUGGAGACGAUGGGGAGGAGGUUGGGGGAGGGAGUUUGGGGAAGGAGGAGUGACGUGGGAGGGAGUGUUGGGACGAUGGAGUUGUAG